CGGUGCGUGGUCUCUUGAAUUUUUGAAUUUUCAGUCUCCCCUGCAUCUAGUGAUAAAUUCAGUAGUACAUGCACAAAGUCUCCCUUGGCAAGAAGAAAGAACAAUCUUCUUACCUCUCUUACAUUUUAUCAUAAACAAGCAGACAACUUGAAGCUUAAGCAAAAAAAGAUUAUUCCUUUCUUACAUCAUUAACUACUUAAACAAACAGUUCUUUGAAACACGAACACAAGAAACCAUACUUGUUUUGUUUUUAUGGAUUUCCAAAAGAAGAGGGUUCUGUUUCUUGUCUUUAUAGUUGGAACCAUUGCUCUUAGCAUCACAGCUGAAAAAUGUAGGCAGCUGGUUGGGGAUGAUUAUUCAUCCCAGAGUGGGAAGUUUACAAUCUUUAACUGCUUUGACAUGGGAUCUGGAACCCUAGCAUGUGCGGUGAAAGAAGGUGUAAAACUUUAUUUCUACAAUAUCAGAUCUUCUCACGUUGAGAGGGCGAGAAAUCUUGCAAUUGAGCGUUCAUUACUUGAUACAAUAGGACAGGGAAUGCCUGCACAAGAUGUGGCAAAAACAGCACAGAAAGAAGGGGCAAAGGCAGCGAAGCUGGCGAAGCGGCAAACAAAACGCAUCAUAGGUCCUGUUAUUUCUUCUGGAUGGGACUUUUUUGAAGCUCUUUAUUAUGGUGGUACAGUGACAGAAGGUUUCCUCAGGGGCAGUGGAACCUUGGUUGGUGCCUACGCUGGAGGUUUUUUUGGUGAGGAAAGGCUUGGACGUGUUGGUUAUCUUGUUGGCAGUCACCUUGGCAGUUGGGUUGGAGGUAGGAUAGGACUAAUGGUUUACGAUGUGGUUAAUGGAGUUCAUUACUUGCUUCAGUUUGUUCAAGGAGAAGAUGGUGAAGUUCAUGAAACUCCAACUUAUGAGAAUUUUGAAGUUUCGGAGGACUCUCAAGGAUACACAAGUUACCAGGCUUCUGAGGAUUCUAAAGUGCAUGAAUCUCCUCCUGAAGAAAGUUCCGAAUCAUUUGAACAUUCUGAGUUCAGGUGAAUACAUAGGGACAAUAUUUGAUUAUUUCCCCUUUGUGGGUAAGAUGCAUCGAGCUAGAUGAAAUGUAAACAACAUUUAGUGACUCAGUUGAGAUUGUGUAUAAAUAUAUGGUACUAUGAUCAAAUUCAUUUUCUUCAAGCA